AUGAUGAAAAUAAACAAUUUUCCGGAAGAGAUUCUCGAAGUGAUAUUCAGUCAUCUUCCGUUGAAAGAUCGUAAGAAUGUUUCGCUGGUGCGCCGGGACUGGGCCCGGUUAGCAUUUUCAAGACCUUGUUUGGAAUCAACUGAGCUGAAUAUCGAUGGUUCGAAGGCUGCCGAUGUAUCGCCGCUGGAACACAGUCAACGAAAGUACCGAUUCGUUUGCUUCCGCAUGGAUUGUAGCAGCCUCGAAAACCGCCAACUGGAAGGGAUUCGAAGCGUACUGUGUAAGUUUAGCUGUACGAUCAUGCGGUUGCGAUUUGUGUGGGACACCAUGGAUGUUCCAUUCGAUCUGAGAUUGCUGUUGCAUCUAAUAGAAUUCACACCUUCUUUGAGGGAAUUGAUCGUGGAAGAUUCCACCAACCAGUAUGAUGAACAAAAUGUAGACCCUUCCGUGGAAAUUCAAAGCUUUCAUAACUUGGAGAAACUGACCAUUCCCAACUGUGUGAUGGACAACAUUCAGUUUGAUGUAGCUAGAUUGGCCCCUAAUGUAAAGCAUGUCAGCCUAUCGACCACAGGGAGACACUUAUGGACCGCUCUUCAUCUGGUUGGUGCCCAAAUACGAAGCAUGAGCCUGAAGACCGAGACGAAAGGCGUCUUCAGACAACUCUGGGCAAUAGAACCAUAUUCGCUAGAAAAGCUUCACCUGCAUAGGCUAUGUAGCGAUCUGAUGGAGCCUAGCGACCUCAAACUCAACGAUGUAGUCGUAUUCUUCUCACAGUGUAGAGUCCUGACCGUCCUUGGACUUGAGCUACAAGUGCCAUGCAGCGUUAUCCAGCUAAUUGCAAACAGUUGUCCUACGUUGAAGUCUCUGCUGGUUUAUGAAAUUGAGGAAGGAUGGCCACUGCUGAAAAUGUUGCAGCAAUUUGAAAAUCUUGAAAGUCUCACAGUAAGGGUAGCUCAUUUUGAAGUGAAGCCUUCGGAAGAUGAAGACUUGCGGCUGGGUAAGUUGAAGAGCCUCACCCUAGAUGGAGUGGAGUUCGAGAAUCCAUUUGACUUUUUCCAUCAACUGGGCCAGUUUGCGCCGCGAUUGCAAGAACUGCAAUUUGCUCAGUACGAUGAUAGCUGCAACGAAAAUUAUCACUUGACUGUGCUGAAGGCGGUACUCCAGCUAAAGCUGCCGCUAUUGAUGAAACUCGUUCUGUUUGAUAACUCAAGUUACUUCCCAUCGCAUGUCUUCAAUCAGUUCAAUUUGUUUCCGAAGCUUAAGGAGCUUCGACUGGCAUACUGUGGACUAUCAGCGUGGAAUCGAUCUAUUGUUGUUCCCGGCGUUGAGAAGUUGGCGCUAGAUAUUUAUGAGCUAACAACCUUCCAGCUUCGUAAUCUUUUGAAGAUGUUUCCCUCGUUGGUCACACUAGAUGCAGUUGAACCGGAAGAUCCACUCAACUUUAGAAUCGAUGACCUACCCAGAACGUCUUUGCUUUGCGAUUUCAAUGUCCGUAAGCGGGGUUUCAAUAUUAUAGAUGAAUGGGUAUUGUAAGGUAGCACUGGAAAAUGUUCUUUCUUUUAAAUAAAAUAGAAAAAUGGACGAAAUUUGAUGUAUGUACAUGUUUCAUGAACGGAUUGAGACUGAAAAUAACCCAAGUAACCAAAAGUUCAGAUAAAAGGAUACUUUAUAAGCUAAGCAGCUUGUUGGAGGUUGCUCAUUAGCCUUCUAAGCAGCUUCAUUUUUUAAAUUAUUUUGGAACUUGAAAGUUCACAUAAGCACGCUGGAUAGCCUUCUAAGCAGCUUCUGACAGAACUUUGACAAAAUUCAUGCAGAAACAAAAAUGUAUUUUUCAGAAUCACAACUCUGUUGGUGGGUUUGUGAUUCGUGUCUGGAAAAUGCUUCUUAUAAUUAUAUUUUUACACAUGUCGCUGCUAUGUAGAUUUGAACUGGAUCCUCCUGCGUGAUAGCCUGUCGACUUACCGCUGCGCUGCUGAAGACACUUGACAAAGUCAAGAUAACUUCACUACUGUACAAAUGUGCAAAACUAGCUGCCGACAGAAAAUCGAUUCAAGUCAGCCUUUACCUGCUGUUCACUUAUCG